AUGACUGCGGACAGUUGUCACUCUGUGGAGGGCUCGCAAACAUCCGCUGCAGAGAUGCUGAGCGCCAACAUCUCCAAGACACUGCGCGAAGACAACGGCACCAAGAACUCCAGCUGUGGAUCCGUAUCAGUGGGUUUCCCCAUCACCAUGAUGAUCACCGGCAUGGUGGGCAACUCGCUGGCUCUCAUCCUGGUCUACGUCUCCUAUAUAAAGAAGGAGAACAAAAGGAAAAGGUCGUUCCUGCUUUGCAUUGGCUCUCUGGCGCUCACGGAUCUGUUUGGACAGCUGCUGACGAGCCCGAUAGUCAUCUCGGUUUACAGAUCUGACCUGAGCUGGGAGCGCAUCGACUCAUCGGGCAAACUUUGUGCCUUUUUCGGCGUGUGCAUGACAACUUUUGGCCUGUGCGCGCUCUUCUUGGCCAGUGCCAUGGCGAUUGAGAGAGCCAUGGCGAUAACAAACCCACACUGGUACUCCAGCCACAUGAGGACAAGUGUCACUAAGCAGACCCUGGCUGCCAUCUGGUUCCUGGUGCUGCUCUUUGCGCUGCUGCCCAUCGUGGGGGUCGGGGAGUACACGCGUCAGUGGCCGGGCACCUGGUGCUUUAUCAGCAUCGGAGACAGAGAAGUGCCAGGCAACAUGUUCUUCGCCAUCACUUUCGCCGUGCUGGGGAUUUUCUCUCUGCUGGUGACACUUUCCUGUAACGUGGUGACGAUCCGGGGCUUGAUUGUCCGGUGCAAAACCAAGUCCGGCACGUCCCAGUCCUCCAAGCAGUGGGAGCGACUCACCACGGAGACCGUCAUUCAGCUGUUAGGGAUUAUGUGCGUCCUGCUCGUGUGCUGGUCCCCUUUACUGGUACUGAUGCUGAGGAUGAUCUCCACCCAGGUCUCCUCCCACGAUUGCAACUCCAAAGUGGGGAUAUCCACUAACUCCUCCGGCCGGGACGUCAGCUUGGACUGCAACUUCUUCCUGACGGCGAUCCGCCUGGCCUCCCUCAACCAGAUCCUUGACCCGUGGGUCUAUCUGCUCCUCAGGGAGAUCCUCCUCCGCAAGUUCUGCAUCGUGGCCAACGCCGUGUCCAACUGCUCCCUGGAGGAUCGCAAGGAGAAUCGGAAUGCACUGGAUGCGCUUAACAAGCACAGCCAGGACACCAGCAACCUUCAUAGAGCACAAAGUGGCUGA